AUGUCAGACUCGAACAAUUUACAAACGCAGCUUCUUCACUCUGAGAAAACACAUUUAAAUCACUCUCAUAUUCUCCCCAUUUUUCAAACCUCUACAUUUUGUUUCGAUUCAACAAAGCAUGGUGCUGAUAUUUGUUUAGGAAAAGCUGAUGGUCAUGUGUACUCCAGAAUCAGUAAUCCAAGUGUUGAACAAUUUGAAGAGAUGGUCAAAAACGCUGAACAUGCAGAAGGAUCAGCUGCUUUUUCUUGUGGAAUGGGAGCGAUCAACUCUUCUGUUUUGGCGUUUCUCCAAAAAGGAGAACAUUUGAUUGCUGGAGAUACCCUUUAUGGAUGCACUGUAUCAUUAUUUACACAUUGGCUCCCACGUUUUGGUGUUGAAGUUGAUUUAGUCGACACUUCCGAUAUGGAGAAUGUUAAGAAUGCGUGGAAAUCAAACACAAAGAUGGUCUAUCUUGAAACUCCAGCCAACCCAACUAAUAAAAUAUCCGAUAUAGAGUCUAUAGCCAAUAUUUGCCAUGAACGUGGUGCAAGAUUAGUUGUCGACGGCACUUUUACAUCACCUGUUUUUAUGAAGCCACUAGACUUGGGUGCCGACAUAUCACUCCAUUCAUGCACCAAAUACAUUAAUGGGCAUGGCGAUGUUGUUGCUGGUGUUACUUCAACAAAAACAAAAGCAGACAUUGAGAUCAUCAAAACAUACAGAAAAGAUGCUGGAAGUUUAAUGUCGCCCAUGGACGCUUUCUUAUGUGUUCGAGGGAUGAAGACUUUACCUUUAAGAAUGCAAGUACACCACGAAAAUGGGUUGAAAGUUGCUCGUUAUUUAGAAAAACACCCAAAAAUCAUAAGAGUGAACCACCCGGGACUAGAAACAUUCCCAAAUCAUGAAUUGGCAAUGAAACAGAUGUCGGGGUUUGGAAGCACUUUUUCUUUCGAAUUAAAAACAUUUGAGUCGGCAAAGAAAUUGAUGGAACAUGUUAAAUUGUGUACGUUGGCGGUAUCACUUGGAUGUGUUGAUACUCUUAUUGAACACCCAGCUUCAAUGACUCAUGCGGCAGUCCCAGAAAAUAUAAUGAGACUACAAGGGAUCACACCAGAAAUGGUAAGAAUUUCAAUUGGUCUUGAGAAUGCAGAUGAUAUCAUUGCCGACCUCGAUCAAGCAUUAGCAAUGUGUUAA